AUGGCGUACGGAACUCGCAUCACGAACGUGGACGCGCACCCCGGCUGGCCUGAUCUGCCUGCUCCUCGUCGUACCUCGAAGGAUGUUGCCGAGGAAAGCGAGAAGAAGAAGCAGGAGAGGGACGCAUCCGAGCAGGGGAAGCAGCGCGCCCUAGAAAAGGCAGCAGAGCUAGAAAAUCAGACCCAGAAGAAGGACAAGGAAGAGGAGAACACUCGCGUGACACGCAGCAUGAAGCCGAAGACGUCGAACCCGCCUGUCAAAUCGGGGUCGAAGACUGCCACUUCUGGGAACAAGGUCCCCAGUAUUUCUCCUGACGGUGUUGCUGAUCCCGAUGUUGCACCAAAGCGGGGUGGUAGGUCCAACAAGCGGAAGCUUGACGAGCAUCAAGAUGUCAAAUCUGGAGCUGCGGGCAAGAAGGCAACUGUCAGCCAUGAUGGCGCCUCUUCCGAUGUCAGCGAGCUUACCGAGUUGGAAGACACACCGAUGCCCAAGGCAAAGAAGGCAAAGAAGACAACGAAGGCUACGAAGGAUAAGAAGAGCAAGAAAGCGAACCCGGCGCCGGUCCAAGGCAACGUUCGCGACGCCGUCAGGGCCUUGCGAGAGAAGAGUGCCUCUCAACGUUCUCAACCUCCGACCGAGUCGACGUCGAAGGGAGAUGCGUGUGACGUCGGCGCGUCUUCCAGUCACGCUCAGAGCUCCGCGGCCUCCACAGUCUCUUCCAAUGCUGCCGCUCACCAAGCCAUGGACAUCGAUGACCCGACUGCCGACAGUCUGCGUAACUGGAUCUCCGGCGUGAACGGCCCCACUGCGAUCCGGAUCAGGCAGGAGUCAACCGCUGCCACGCACACGGCAUCCGUCCCCGCCACUCCUCUCCCACAACCGCCCCCUGCACCAGCCGACAAAUCGAAAUUCGCCUCGAUUGACGGCGUAGCAGAAACACCCAUCAAGUCGAAGCGCGGGAAGGCCGCAGUGAAGUCCAAGUCUGAGUCGACCGAGGACGCCGAUGGCGAGUCUGACGCCAAACAGCCGCCCAAGCCCAGGGGCAAGCCUAAGCCCAAGCCUGUGUACAAGCCCAAGCCCAAGCCAGAGGAAGUCAAUCAGGUGGUCGAGAACCAGGGUCCAGUGGCGAGCGACGACGAGAGAGCGGAGCGCGAGGCGGCUUUGUCGAGUCCGAUGAAGGGAGGCACAGCCAGGCUUACAAGCAAGAACAUGGUUACGAUCAACGACAUGGACGUGUCUACACCGAACCCCGUUCGUGUGAAGGAUGAUGCUUGUGAUGGCGCCGACAUCUCUCAGCCCGGUGCCAAGAAGACGAAGUCAAAGUCAAGCAAGAGCGGUGCUAAAAGCAAGAACGAACCGAAGUCUAAGCCCGAGGAUGACGCGAAGGACAAGCACGACGCCGAGUCGAAGGAUAUGGGCGACGCGCAGGGUAAGCACGAAUUGGAACGUGGCAAGGGCAACGAAGAAGCGAAGAGCAAGGUCGGCGCGACGCACCAGCGCAAACGCGAUGCGCCGCACCAGCACGAUGACGAGGACGCCAUGCACCAGCGCGACGACGGCGACUCCACGCACCGGCCCAACGACAACGACGCCACGCACCAGCACGACGUCAACGCCACGCGCCGCCGCAAGCGCGACGCCUCCCGCGAGCGCGACGACGACGACACGCGCCGCCGCAAGCGCGACGCCUCCCGCGAGCGCGACGACGACGACACGCGCCGCCGCAAGCGCGACACCUCCCGCGAGCGCGACGACGACGACACGCGACCGCCGCAAGCGCGACACCUCCCGCGAGCGCGACGACGACGACAUGCGCCGCCGCAAGCGCGACACGAUGACAACGACGCGAAGCACCAGCACGACGACGACGCGACGCGCCGGCGCAAGCGCGACGCUACGCUCGAGCGCGACGACACGAAGGACAAACGUAAAACAAAGCGCGACGCUAAGAGCAAGGACGACGAAAGGGAGAAGCAUGAGGGCGAUGCAAAGAACAAGCGCGAGGUGAAUGAUAGAGGCGAUGCGAAGGGCGCAAGCGGGGCAAAGGGCGCGAGUGGCGUGAAGGACAACGCGAAAGACAAGAGCGAGGUAAAGAGCAGGCACAACUCGAACGGGAAGCACGAUUCGAAGGGCAAGGGUGUAGCGAGGCCCGAGGACGAGGGUAAUGCGAAGCGCAAGGGUGUUGGGUAUGGAAAAGGAAUACGCGGUGGGUCCGCUCAGGCCGCGGAUGACGACUCAGACAUCGAGAUGGUCGAUGGCACCCGCGCCGCAUCUAAGCCUGUCAGUGCUGUCUCCCGCACGAGCAGCUCCAAGUCCUCGUCUUCUGGAAAGAAAUCGACUAUCAACGACUUGCCUGACGGAGCCCAGGACCACGACCGAUGGAGCUCUGCUUUCGUCCCCACCCUCUUGCGCUACCAAGGCAGCCGCCACGACCCUUGGACUUGGGAUGCUCGCGGGAGCGUCCCCGUAAUUCAGAAAAUAUGGGAUGUAGUCUACGGGGACAGCUUGCCCCAUCGCGUAGUCGCUGGAGACAACGUCCACAAAGUUGCUUCACAACGAGUCUAUGAUUGGCGCAGCGGCAUGGCCGCCACUGCUGUGUCUAUCUUCGAGACUUGCUUCAACUCCGCGCCCUCUACUCGCUUCAGCCAGAUCAUCCCUGAAGAUGGAGAAUCGGAUGGGCAUCUAUCGGCUCGAGUGAACGCCCACCUCACUCAAGUUCAGUCGGCGCGUUCGAAGUUCUGUGCUAAGAUUCACGAGGACUACGCGUUUGUGUGGAGGGACCCUAUGUCGUGCGCCAGUGGAGGGCCCAGGCAGGGUUUAUUCCACAGUCCCUUUAUCCUUCCUGUGCUUGCGAUGCACCUCGAGCAGACCGCAAAUGCUGUAGACGUUCCGAAUCUCUUUAACCCUGCAGACGAGACUUGGCCCACAUCCCCUGAACGUCCCAUCGGCGCCAUUGGGCUCGCGACGGCUGCGGUUGAGCGAGUGGUUGUAUGCUGGAUAAACAAGAAGCUUGCCCUUAACGCAAAGGGAAAGCCGUACUGUCCGCCAGUGCUCAAUCCCGCUACAAACAAGAAGAGCACCGCAACCACCGACUUCAGCGCCAGCAACUUCCUCCGCCAGACCGAAUCUUUCAAGAUGUCUGCUGCUCGCAUGGGCGAAGAGCAGAUGGCCGCCCUGCUCACCGCUGCAGCGCGGUCUCAGAGGGGUGCGGACGGCGAUGCAGCCGCUCACAAGAAGCCGAAGAAGAACGCGGUACGCCGCGAUCAACUGUUUGAACAAGACACCGAGUAUGGUGGUGGCGGAGUCAAGCGCGAGGAAGGCUCCGGGCACGGCGGGGACAUCCGAAUCAAGCUCGAGAAGGACUCCGAGUACGGCGGCAGUCGUCGAAUCAAGCAGGAGGUCGAUGACCGCAUGGACGUUGACGACGCUGUAGAUGAGGCCGCACGCGACGACGCCAGGCCUCACGCCCGCCACCACCAUGGGAAGACCCGCCAGGGCGACAGGGCAACCGACUCCGACUCCGAUUCCGAUUCCAACGAGGACAAGAGCGACAGCGACCAAAGCGACAGCGCCGGAAGCGACCGCGACCGCGGCCACGACGAACGGGACGGCCAGAACAGCGACAAAUCUGCGGACGAAUACGACGACAAAUCCACGGACGAACGCGAUGGCGAACGAGAUGGCGAACGCGAUGGCGAACGCGACAACGACCCCGACAACGAUUCCGGCAACGACUCCAACAAAGCCGACCGCGCAGACUACGAUCACGCCGACAACGACCGCGCCGAUUCUACCACCGACAGCGACAGCGGCAGCGAGCACGACAGCGUCGCGGCUUACAGGUAUUCCGAGCACAUCUCGAGCUCAUCCUCCGACGAGUCGUCCUCGGAAGAGGAAUACUGA